UUUAAAUGAAGAUCGAUCGAUCGCUAAUGGUAACUGAUUGUUACAAUUAAUGUACGUAACACUCGAGGGUGUCGCCUCUAUACAGUGAAAAAGUCGGAUAAGGUUAUGUUACUCGGUAACUUAACCUUAUCUUGGAUAACGUUAUUUGACACGUAAACGAAAAGUAAUAAACAAAGUUUUGUAUUAUGGCUCGUUAUUUUCGAGAGGAAGAUAUAGAUGAAUUCAGAGAAUGUUUUUAUCUAUUUGCAAGGAAUGGUCAAAUACGUACUUUGGAUGAACUUACAAUCAUUAUGAGAUCAUUAGGAUUAAGUCCAACUAUUGCAGAAUUAAAUAAAUAUUUAAAAGAUAAAGGUGGAAAAAUGUCAUUUGCUGAUUUUUUGGAAGUUAUGCAUCUACAAACUAGAGCUGAAGAUUUACCAAAAGAAGUGAUAGAUGCUUUUCAAGCUGCAGAUAAAUUUAGAACUGGCACUAUACCAGCCAGACAGUUAGCGCAUAUGUUGCUCCACUGGGGUGAACAAUUAAGUAACAAAGAAGUGGAGCAAAUUUUCAGAGAGGCAAAUGUGUCUCCAAAUGGACAAGUAAAAUACGAAGAUUUUGUUAAAAUAGCUUGUGCACCUGUACCUGAUUACUAUUAAAAUAAAUAUUUUUCAUAUUUUUUUAAAGAUAUUUAUAUACUUUUUAUACAAUACACGUGUUUAAUUAAUAAAAGGAUAAAAAUGAUCAUAAAAGAAAAAGAAUUUAUUCUUCCAGCAACUUAUCUUCGACAAACGAACGUUGUACGUACACCUUAUUCCUAAAAUUGCUUAUAUAAUAGUUACAAGUGUUUAAUACUUAUAUCAUGGAUCUUAUUUGAAACAAAGUUACUCGAACUCCGUGUUCCGGUUUCAACUCAAUUUUUCUACCAUCGUCCUUAUCUUAACCCUCUUUGGCAAUGUUCGUGCUUGGCGGAGAACCACACAGGAUGACCGUGGUGCUGACGAUCGUCGU